AUGGGCGACCUCGGGACGCAGCCCGCCAACGAGUAUGCGUCAGCGUCGCGCAUUAUACUGGACUUGCGCGGACUCUGCUUUGUUAUCGACAGGGAAACGCUUAUGAGUCUGCCUGAAUCGAUUCUGCUCUGUCUGUUUCCGAAUGGCCUGAUGCUUCCAGACCCGGCCGACGAGUCGACGGACGGCGAGGAGGGGCAGGUUGUGUAUGUGGAUUCCGAUGCAAAGGCUCUGGAGUUUGUGCUCACAUUCUUCCGCCGCGCGCAAGAGUACUUCUACGGCACGGAUACUACGCCGGGCAUCUACCAAGGCCCGGGCCUGAGCGCCAACUAUUUCGAUUCGGUGGACCCUAUGGGAAAUGGAUUUGGGCAGCCCUUCCACCUGCCGCUCUUCCACAAGCAGGCCGUGAUUGUUUUGCGGGAGGAGCUCGAGUACUUUACGAUCCCGCCGGCCUCGAUGAAAAAGACGCCGGCUCCCCGGUCGGCGAACCCGAAUGUGCCGCCGCCCGCGGCGCCCGAAUUCACGCAGCUGAAGAACGCGUGUGGCGAUACACUGCUGCUGCGGCGCCAGAUUUUCACGGCGCUGCAGCGCAACGUCAACAAAGAGAACAAUUUGGCUGAGCAGCACCUGAUUGACAUGCUCUGCAUGAGUGGCUUUGAGCCGGAGGACCACUGGGGCUACCGCGCGCGCGAACCGGCGCGCUGCGGGAUCAUCAGCACCGCCCUCGUACUGCUCAAGACGGGUGUGACGCAUGCAGGCGAGCUGCCAGGUGGACGUCCGUCCAAUGCGCCGCUCCCGCCACGCCCCAUCGGCGUGCAGCGGAAGGGCACGGACAUGGAACGAGGCAUCCCCCCCACGAUGCCUGGUGACACGGGCGACAUCGGCGAGUGGGUCGAUGAUGGACAGGGCGGCGUGCUGCGUGUGAAUCAGCAGCAGUUAUCUACGACACAAAAGCUCCUGCUAUUUUGGCGCAAGCCGGCGCGAAAGUGCUGGUGGGACGGUAUGGACAUAGUGGUCCCCUGUGCACAGCGCCGCUCAGACCGUCCGAGCGUCUCGCCCGCCACCCUGGCGGCCAUGUCGCCGCAAGAGCGUACUUGGCUCGAGCAGGGACAUGGCAUGCUUGUUCGUGUGUGGGUCCGACGUGUGUGGACGCUCGAAGUCAGCUUGGUGCGUGGUCCGGUGUACUGA